AUGAUGCUGUUGAGGUUGGCAAAAGUAAGUGAUGGAAAAAAUGAUCAUUGUGAUAGUGAGGAGAUGGAAAUGGGGUUCAAUGUUUUGAGCGGUGGUGAAGGUGUGAAGUCUAAGAGGUUUAUUGUAAGGCCUAGGAUCAAAGUGUGGAUGGCGCGUGCUAUUACCACUGUGAUUCUUUGGACUAGUGUGGUUCAGUUGAUUGCAAUCGGAGAGUUUUGGGGUCCGAGGUUGUUGAAGGGUAUGCCUUAUUGUUUCAAUCAUCAAGAUGAGUCUUCGGUAGUUGUAAAGGCUAGUGUUCCGGCUAAGGUUGUGCUUCCACCGAAAAGGAUUUAUAAGAACAAUGGUUAUCUUAUGGUUUCUUGCAAUGGAGGACUCAACCAAAUGAGAGCAGCAAUAUGCGACAUGGUUGCUAUUGCAAGACAUUUAAACGUCACUCUCAUAGUUCCAGAGCUCGAUAAAUCGUCUUUCUGGGCUGAUCCAAGCGAGUUCCAAGAUAUAUUUGAUGUAGAUAAUUUCAUUGCAUCUUUGAGAGACGAGGUUAGAAUAUUAAAGCAACUACCACCUAGGCUCAAGAGAAGAGUUGAAUUAGGAUUGUCUUACUCUAUGCCCCCGAUUAGUUGGUCAGAUAUAUCGUACUACGAAAAACAGAUUCUUCCUCUGAUACGGAAACACAAGGUCGUGCACCUAAAUAGAACCGAUGCUCGACUGGCAAACAACGGAUUGCCACUCGAGAUUCAAAAGUUGAGAUGCCGGGUAAAUUUCAAUGCGUUGAGGUUUACAUCUCAGAUAGAACAACUAGGUAGAAAGAUAGUGAAUAUUUUGAGAAAAAAGGGACCUUUCCUUGUUCUUCAUCUUAGGUAUGAGAUGGAUAUGUUGGCCUUCUCUGGCUGCACUCAUGGAUGUGAUAGUAACGAGGUCGAGGAACUCACAACAUUGAGAUAUGCUUAUCCGUGGUGGAAGGAAAAAGUCAUAAAUUCCGAACUUAAGAGGAAAGAUGGUUUAUGUCCGCUGACACCUGAGGAAACUUCUCUAAUACUGAAAGCAUUGGACAUAGAUCAUAAUAUCCAAAUUUAUAUUGCUGCCGGAGAAAUAUUUGGUGGAGAGAGAAGAAUGGCAGGUUUACGAGCUACUUUUCCUAACCUGGUAAGGAAGGAAACUCUGCUCGAACCUUCAGAUUUGAUGUAUUUCCAAAACCAUUCAUCACAAAUGGCUGCAUUGGAUUAUCUCGUGUCUCUAGAGAGUGAUAUAUUUGUUCCGACAUAUGACGGAAACAUGGCUAAAGUUGUUGAAGGUCAUAGAAGAUUCUUAGGUUUCAAAAGGACUAUACAACUGGAUAGAAAGCAUCUUGUGCCUCUCAUAGAUGCUUUUUCCAAUAAGUCAUUAAGUUGGGAUGACUUUUCCAUCAAGGUGAAGAAAUCUCAUGCCAAGAGAAUGGGAAACCCUAAAAGAAGAAUUGUAAUUCCAAGUAGACCCAAAGAAGAAGACUAUUUUUAUUCCAACCCUUAUGAAUGCUUGCCACUGCAAGAUGAACCAUUGAGUAGCACAUGA